ACUUAUUCAUAUGCAGUUUGCUGAAGGUCUGAAGCUGCAAUUUACUCAUAGACCAGUAGACUAGACUAUAUAUAUAUUCUAAAUCCUUGAUGGGACAUUCCAAAAAGAAAAAGUUAGAUGUAAAUGGGAUAAAACAUAAAGACAAAAGCGUCAUAAAACCGGGAUAUGUCAGAAAGAAAUUUAAGAAAAAUAACAAACCAGGAAUCAAGGUGGAAAUUCCCAAAACAUCAAAAGAAUGUGGCUCAAAUUGGAAGACAUUACUAAAUGAAAUUAAUCAAACAAAAAAAGAAAAGGAAUGUCACAAAGUGAUCGAACAAGCACAAAAGAAGCGAAGAGUGCCAAAUAAGAAAGAUGCCACAUCAAAUGGGAACAGUUCCAUUAACUUGAGUCAAAAAGAUGCUGAGAUUUGGUUUGAUGACAUACCCAAGGAAGAGAUUUUGGCUGCUGAACAAGAUAUUGAAAGAAUUAAUAACAGUGGGAAAUCACAGGCAUUCGCUACAGAAUCAGUACUGGUGAAAGCAGAUGCUUUUGGUGGCCUGACCAAAGCCGUUGGAAUUGACUGUGAGAUGGUUGGAACUGGAUUCAAAGGAAGUUCUUCUAUAUUGGCAAGAGUAUCAAUUGUUAACCAGUAUGGAAAAUGCAUCUAUGAUAAACAUGUUAAAGCUCAAGGAAAAGUAACAGAUUACCGUACUUGGGUCAGUGGGAUUAGACCAUCUGAUCUGAAAGGAGCAGAAGACUUUGGAACAGUUCAAAGAGAAGUGGCAGAAAUUUUGAAAGGACGUGUGCUCGUUGGUCAUGCACUUCAUAAUGAUCUCAAAGUACUCUAUCUUUCACAUCCAAGAAAGUUUAUUCGUGAUACUGCAGAGUACAAACCAUUUCGGGCCCACAAUAAUGGUAAAGCACCAGCUUUGCGUAUUUUAAGCAACAAGAUUCUUCACGUUCAAGUCCAAAAUGGUGAGCACAGUUCAGUGCAGGAUGCUCAAGUGGCGAUGAAAUUGUAUAUGAUGCAUAAGAAGCAAUGGGAAAAGGAACUUAGAUUAGCUAGAAUUGGGAAUAAAUGAGAAAAUACCGGGCGAAGCUCCAUCUGAGAUUCUGAAGUAUGACCAAAAUGUACAUCGGUAUAGUACUUGCUGCCUUAGGCGCUUGCAAUCCGCUUAUCGAGCCAUGAGGUAUGGAGGAUGUGAAAGCGAUUGGUGUGAUUUAUCCAACUGAAUUUGUUGUUAGCCUAACAUGAAACGUAACUGUUUUAAGAAGAUAUUCAAUAAAGCAAUAAUAC